GGUGGCUUUAGAGGAAGAAAUGAAGAUGUAGGGGUGGAAUCUGGUAAAGGUCAAGAAGGAUUUGAACCUUCUGAACAAGGUCCAAAGGUGACCUAUAUUCCACCCCCUCCACCUGAAAAUGAAGUUGAUAUUUUUAGACAUUACCAGAGUGGCAUUAACUUUGACAAAUAUGAUGACAUUGUGGUUGAGGUCUCUGGAAAUGAUGUUCCACCAGCAAUACUGACAUUUGAAGAAGCAAAUCUUUGUGACACGCUCGCAAAAAAUGUGGACAAAGCUGGAUAUGUAAAAUUGACUCCUAUACAGAAACACAGUAUACCUAUUGUCAUGGCUGGUCGUGAUUUAAUGGCUUGUGCACAGACAGGAUCUGGAAAAACGGCGGCUUUUCUUUUGCCAAUUUUGGCUCACUUGAUGGUUAAAGGCGUUCAGUCUAGUGCAUUCCAAACUUUAAAAGAGCCUGAAGCAAUUAUUGUUGCUCCUACAAGAGAACUGAUUAAUCAGAUCUAUCUAGAAGCUCGUAAAUUUGCAUAUGGAACAUGUGUGCGCCCAGUUGUGAUUUAUGGAGGUACGCAGAUGUGGCACUCUUUAAAACAGAUUUCUGAAGGAUGCAACAUACUUUGUGCAACCCCUGGAAGAUUAUUGGAUGUCAUCAGGAAAGAGAAGAUUGGUUUAACUAAAUUACUCUACCUUGUGUUGGAUGAAGCUGACCGUAUGUUGGACAUGGGUUUUAGAGAGGACAUUGAGAAUUUGCUACAAAAUCCAGGAAUGCCUCCUAAACAAAACAGACAAACAUUAAUGUUCAGUGCUACAUUUCCCGCAAACAUACAGAGCCUUGCCAGAGAAAUUUUGAAGCCAGAUUACUUGUUUGUUGCGGUUGGCCAAGUUGGUGGUGCCUGCAGUGAUGUGGAACAGCUGAUCAUCGAAGUUGAAGAAUUUGGGAAGAAAGACAAAUUGAUGGAAAUCCUACAGGAGAUAGGUAGUGAACGCACAAUGGUGUUUGUGAAAACGAAGAAGAAAGCCGAUUUCAUUGCUAUGUGUCUCUGUCAGGAAAAAGUCCCAUCAACCAGCAUUCAUGGUGACCGAGAACAAAGGGAGCGAGAGACAGCCCUAAGGGAGUUUAGAACAGGACAGUGUCCCAUAAUUGUAGCCACAUCUGUUGCUGCCAGGGGACUGGAUAUUGAAAAUGUUAGUUAUGUCAUCAAUUUUGAUAUCCCAGAUGAUAUAGAUGAAUAUGUUCACAGAAUUGGACGUACUGGACGCUGUGGCAAUACAGGAAAAGCAAUCUCAUUCUUUGAUAAAAGAGGUGACGACGAACAAAGAAUUGCUCGUUCACUUGUAAAAGUUUUGUCUGAUGCACAUCAAGAAGUACCUGCUUGGCUUGAAGAGGUUGCCUUCAGUGCCCAUGGGACGCCUGCCUAUAAUCCACGAUCAAAUAAGUUUGCAUCCACAGAUGACAGAAAGGUAAAGAGGGAAAAUAUGGUUCUGAAGUCUAGGCCCUAA